AGAUAGCACUGGUAGUACCCAAGACAACUUAAUGUGGAAGUCUAUUCACAGCUAAUCAAGAGGAUGUUGCAAAACAUGAGUCACACAGCCUCCGGCUUUCUAGAAAGCAAGGACUCUAUAUAUACAGAGGGAGCUUCCUAGCUGAGAUAUUGAAGCAGCAGGAAGCUGAGAAGUCAUCACUUACCUUGGGCUGAGAAAGAAGACAAGGGCCAGUAUGCACAGCUUUCCUCCACUGCUGCUGCUGCUGUUCUGGGGUGUGGUGUCUCACGGCUUCCCAGCGACUCUAGAAACACAAGAGCAAGAUGUGGACUUAGUCCAGAAAUACCUGGAAAAAUACUACAACCUGAAGAAUGAUGGGAGACAAGUUGAAAAGCAGAGAAACAGUGGCCCAGUGGUUGAAAAAUUGAAGCAAAUGCAGGAAUUCUUUGGGCUGAAAGUGACUGGGAAACCAGAUGCUGAAACCCUGAAGGUGAUGAAGCAGCCUAGGUGUGGAGUGCCUGAUGUGGCUCAGUUUGUUCUCACGGAGGGGAACCCUCGCUGGGAGCAAACACAUCUGACCUACAGGAUUGAAAAUUACACGCCAGAUUUGCCAAGAGCAGAUGUGGACCGUGCCAUCGAGAAAGCCUUUCAACUCUGGAGUAAUGUCACACCUCUGACAUUCACCAAGGUCUCUGAGGGGCAAGCAGACAUAAUGAUAUCUUUUGUCAGGGGAGAUCAUCGGGACAAUUCUCCCUUUGAUGGCCCUGGAGGAAAUCUUGCUCAUGCUUUUCAACCAGGCCCAGGUAUUGGGGGGGAUGCUCAUUUUGAUGAAGAUGAAAGGUGGACCAACAAUUUCAGAGAGUACAAUUUAUAUCGUGUUGCGGCUCAUGAACUCGGUCAUUCUCUUGGACUCUCUCAUUCUACUGAUAUCGGGGCUUUGAUGUACCCCAGCUACACCUUCAGUGGUGAUGUUCAGCUAGCUCAGGAUGACAUUGAUGGCAUCCAAGCCAUAUAUGGAGGUUCCCAAAAUCCUGUCCAGCCCACCGGCCCACAAACCCCAAAAGUGUGUGACAGUAAGCUAACCUUUGAUGCUAUAACUACGAUUCGGGGAGAAGUGAUGUUCUUUAAAGACAGAUUCUACAUGCGCACAAAUCCCUUCUACCCGGAAGUUGAGCUCAAUUUCAUUUCUGUUUUCUGGCCACAACUGCCAAAUGGGCUUCAAGCUGCUUACGAAUUUGCCGACAGAGAUGAAGUCCGGUUUUUCAAAGGGAAUAAGUACUGGGCUGUUCAGGGGCAGAAUGUGCUACGCGGAUACCCCAAGGACAUCUAUAGCUCCUUUGGCUUCCCUAGAACUGUGAAGCAUAUCGAUGCUGCUCUUUCUGAGGAAAACACUGGAAAAACCUACUUCUUUGUUGCUAAUAAAUACUGGAGGUAUGAUGAAUAUAAACGAUCUAUGGACCCAGGUUAUCCCAAAAUGAUAGCACAUGACUUUCCUGGAAUUGGCAACAAAGUUGAUGCAGUUUUCAUGAAAGAUGGAUUUUUCUAUUUCUUUCAUGGAACAAGGCAAUACAAAUUUGAUCCUAAAACGAAGAGAAUUUUGACUCUCCAGAAAGCUAAUAGCUGGUUCAACUGCAGAAAAAAUUGAACAUUACUAAUUUGAAUGGAAAAUACAUUAUGUGAGUCCAAAGGAGGUGUUUUCCUGAAGAACUGUCUAUUUUUCAGUCAUUUUUAACCUCUAGAAUCACUGAUACACAGAAUAUAAUCUUAUUUAUACCUCAUUUUGCAUAUUUUUUUUACAAUUUAGAAUGUAGCCCUUUUUGUACUGAUAUAAUUUAGUUCCACAAAUGGUGGGUACGAAAAGUCAAGUUCAUGGCUUAUGGAUUCAUAUAGGCCAGAGUUGCAAAGAUCUUUUCCAGAGUAUACAAUUCUGACCUUGAUCCCAGAGAGCAGCUUCAGUGACAAACAUAUCUUUUCAAGAUAGAAAGAGACAGGAGACAUGAGUCUUCACUGGAGGAAAAGCAGCUCAAGAACACAUAUGCAGUCACUAGUGUCACCCUGGAUAGGCAAGGGAUAACUCUUCUUACACAAAAUAAAGAGUUUUAUGUUUGAAAUAAAGUCAACCUUGUUUCUAAUGUUUUAUA